AUGGUGAAGUUGCUGCCUGCCCAGGAGGCGGCCAAGAUCUACCAUACCAACUAUGUGCGCAACUCGAGGGCUGUGGGUGUGAUGUGGGGCACACUCACCAUCUGCUUCUCCGUACUGGUCAUGGCCCUCUUCAUCCAGCCCUACUGGAUCGGUGACAGUGUUAACACACCUCAGGCAGGCUAUUUUGGCCUCUUCUCCUACUGUGUGGGCAACGUGCUGUCCUCUGAACUCAUCUGCAAGGGUGGCCCACUGGACUUCUCCUCCAUUCCCUCUAGAGCCUUCAAGACUGCCAUGUUUUUUGUGGCCUUGGCCAUGUUCCUCAUCAUCGGCUCCAUCAUCUGCUUUAGCCUUUUUUUCGUCUGCAACACAGCCACUGUCUACAAGAUCUGCGCAUGGAUGCAGCUGGCUGCAGCCACAGGCCUGAUGAUUGGCUGCCUGGUCUACCCAGAUGGUUGGGACUCAAGUGAGGUGCGGCGCAUGUGUGGGGAGCAGACGGGCAAGUAUACACUGGGCCAGUGCACCAUCCGCUGGGCCUUCAUGCUGGCCAUCCUCAGCAUCGGAGAUGCCCUCAUCCUCUCCUUCCUGGCCUUUGUGCUGGGCUACCGGCAGGACAAGCUCCUCCCGGAUGACUACAAGGCAGAUGGAAAAGGUAACUCUCAUCCCCCAAAGAGGUUUCAGCCAUUGGUCCUUGGCCAAGGGUUGGGGACACCAAGACCAAUCAGACAUGCCCUUAUUCCAGAGGCCAACGGCCAGUGGGGGUUUGCAAGCCAGCAGGUGAUGAGGUGA